AUGGCUCCUAUCUCACUUUCAGGUGUGGCUAACCAGUGCCCAGCGCCUGGGCAGGAGCAGCCCUUUCCCGCAGCCUGGACACUCCCAGCAGGGACGGCAGCGCAGGACCCCCAGCCCCCGCCAACAGGUCUGCAGAGGGCUCCCUGUGGCUGCCUUUUCGACCCCCGAGCCUUCAGCCUGCAGUGGGCACUCACCCUGCUGCCUGCACCAGCCACUGCCACCCUCGGCCACGGUGAUACCUCGGUGCCAAGCGAUGGCCAGGGAGACCCUCAGAUCUCGGGGACUCCCUCAGUCUGGGCAGCCCCAGGGGCAUCUCAAGGCCAACUGGAACACCUGGUGCCCGCCGAAGAACUGAGUGGAGCAGUGCCCCAACCAGCAGCAGUGCUGCCCACGUCCAUGCCCAGCUACCAGCGCCUGGAGGGGCAGUGGGCGGCAGGAGGCACCCUGACUGCAGCGGGCACCUCGGCAGGGACAGCCUCGGACAGUGACACCCGCAUGGGCAGUGAUGUUCACCCCAGCUUCGCUGCUUGCCCCGAGGAGCCAGAGCCUGAGGACUCUGAAGACGCGCAGCUGGAGCUGCAGGCCGAGCUGCUGGAAGAGGAGCUGAGGCGCAUUGGCUUCUGGCAGGACGCGGGGCAGCUGUGCCACGCUGCAGUCAGCAGCAGCCCCGGGCCUGGGCACUGCGGGGAGAGCAGAGGCAAGGGGCCAGGGGCGGCGCCAGGCUCUCCAGCGCUGCCACCCAACUGCGUGGGGACACCGCGGGCAAAGAGCGUCCUCCCGAGCAGGCUUGUGUCCCCCAGCGCCUCUGCCUCUUGCCCUGAGGAGGACGCGGAGAAGGCGGAGGAGCAGGAGCUGGAGCUGCAGGACCAGCUGCUGCAAGAGGAGCUGCUGCGAAUCGGUUUCUGGGGGGCCGAGGGGCAGGUCAGCGCUCCCAGCGCCGAGGACAGUGGUGCCGGCAGCACAGGCAGCCCCCAGUGUGACCUGCAGUCCCUGCUGGAGGAGUGGCUGGGCCCCGACUGCAACGUCCUGGAGGCCAUCGACAGCGUCCUCAGCUGGGAGCAGCUCAGCGGCGUCGAGCUGCCGGCGCGGCAGCCUGGGGACGAUGUGGGACUGGAGCUGCUUCCGUCCCCGCCUGCCCUAGGGAAGAAGCGGGGGCAGAAGCGGGGACGCAGCCCCUCAGCAGAGCCCCCCAGCAAGCGCAGGGCUGCGGGGAGCAGAAUGGAGCUGGGAGGGGGCACUGGGCAGACAGGAGAGGAUUAGAGA